AGCAAAAGCAUUCGCAAUGCUAGCCUUAAUCAGUCUCCUAUUGUUUAUUUUUCCCUUUCCCGUACUAAACCAAUUUCUCGAUGGCGAGUGUGGAACUCAUCCCAAUGGCUAUAUAGCGAAUAGUUCAUCGAGUCCCUGGAUUGCUUUUCUGCACACCACUGAUUACAUAUUCGUAUGCGGAGGAACCCUGAUCUCUCACAAACUAAUACUGACUGCAGCGCAUUGCGUAAUGGCCAACGCGAAACUGGUAGCUCGUCUUGGCGAGUUUGGGGGAACCCUUGAAGAAAACAACCCAUCAGUGGAGCACGAGGUUAGGGAGUACUGGAAACACCCCUUCUACGAUAUAGACGCAAAUGCCAACGAUGUAGCAGUGCUCGAGCUGACCACAAGUGUAGUGUACACAGACAACAUUAGGCCCAUUUGCAUAGUGUGGGAUCGCUCUUGGAAAGCCUACAUUGAUAAUAUUCCGAUACUAAAGGGUCCCGUAAGGAGCAAGCCCGAAAAUGAGAAUGACAGUGGACACAGGAUAAUGGAAGUCCGGAGGCAGUCUCCGGAAAUGUGCCUCAACCAUAUCGGUAGCUCAAUAUAUACAUUAUCGAGCAAUCAGUUCUGCGCGGGAAACUCGGAAAGUAAUCUUUGCAAUGUCGAUUGCAGCAGUCCUCUGGGAGCAUGGGUUCUUUACCAAUAUUCGCUAAGAUUUGUCCAAGUUGGUAUUGCCACCACGAAUCAAAGGUGCAAUAUGCCAAGUAUUUAUACUGAUGUCCUAAGCCACAUAGAUUUUAUUCUCCGGGUAUGGCGGUAUUACGGCCAAGAUCAAAGUCCAUCGAUCCCAAGCUUUACGACAACGACAAGAGCAGCGCAAAUGACUUUCGAUUGGGGUUCCAGAAGUGAAAAUUUGGAUCAAUUAAGAUAUUGAGAUGAAUCUCUAGAUGUUUACCUAACUAUAGUGAGAUUGUCAUAUUUACUUUAGCAGCUUAAAUAAUAUGAUUAGUUUUGUGGCUUAAAACAAAAUAUUCUCCUAGAAUAAACUGAUUAGUAGGCUAAUAUGAUAGUCGCUGAAAUUUACGAUUAUAUUGCGGCCGUUUUCCUAGACGGUUUUAUGUAAAUCGCUGUAAUAAAAUCCCAGCCAGCUGUGGCCCUUUUACAACUGUCUGCUGAAAGGCAUAAUUGAGCCAAGAGAAACUUUACGAGAAAGGAUUUCGCAGCCAACAAUCCACUUACUUAUAUGCUGUUUCAGAGUCAUAUAAAACUUCAAGCUCUCAGUCGAUAAAUUUUAAUGAGACUCUAUGUUAAGUGAUUCCAAAGGCAGGAAAUUAGAGAGCAUUUCACUAGUUAAAAUGGGCCAAGUUUCGAUGCACCGCAGAAUUUAUGUGGCAAUUGAAUUUAGUUUCAGGUAUGUUAAAAUAUUCCCCCAUUUUUUUGGCUUAUCAUUUUAUUUAAAUAUUAGUCUCAUAAGUCCUUCAGUUGGCUAUUUCAAUUAAAAUGUGCACUUCCGCAAGCCACUUGACAAUUAACACACUCUUUAAAUGACAAUUUCUUUGCCCGACCGUUGAUAAACUGCAUAAU